AGAAUAGCGGACAGGGUGUAUGACAUCACCAGAACAUUUCCUCUUGCUUUGGAUGUUGGCUCUGGAAGAGGUUACAUAGCGCGACAUUUAACGAAGGAAACAGUUGAAAAACUUAUUCAAGUUGAUAUUGCAGAGAAUGCUUUAAAAAAUGCUGUAGAAUCUGAAAUUCCUACGGUCAAUGUUGUAGCUGAUGAGGAGUUCCUUCCUUUCAAAGAAGACACAUUUGAUCUUGUUGUUAGCAGCUUAAGUUUACAUUGGGUGAAUGACCUUCCUAAAGCUUUUAGAGAGAUUCACCAGGUCCUUAAGCCAGAUGGAGUAUUCAUUGGUGCGAUGUUUGGGGGAGACACUCUGUAUGAGCUUCGCUGCUCUUUGCAGCUGGCAGAAUUGGAGAGAGAAGGGGGCUUUUCUCCUCACGUAUCGCCGUUCACUGCUGUCUCUGAUUUGGGGCAUCUGCUGUCAAGAGCUGGCUUUAACACCCUGACUGUGGAUACCGACGAAAUUCAAGUAAACUAUCCAGGGUUGUUUGAGGUUAUGGAAGACUUGCAAGGUAUGGGGGAGAGUAAUUGCUCUUGGAAUAGAAAACCUCUGCUACACAGAGAGACAAUGUUGGCGGCUGCUGCAAUAUACCGAGAAAUGUAUGGAAAUAGCGAUGGCUCAGUACCUGCCACCUUUCAGAUCUACUACAUGAUUGGUUGGAAAUUCCAUGAAUCACAGGCAAGACCAGCCCAGAGAGGUUCUGCAACAGUUUCGUUUGGAGAUUUGGCAAAAAUAGAGGGACUUCUUUCAAGAGGGAAAAAAUAG